GCGGGGACACUUUUUGCAGCGUGCGGGCUAUAAAGAGAGGGAGUGGCGCACUGGUUAACACUGAGGAGAGAGACUCCACACGCAGACAGCAGCACGGCAGCGCCCGGGAUAACAUGAUUAGAGCUCUAUUAGGUCCGCUACUGAGCACAACUAGAUGCAGCACAGGGAUCAUUGUGUGGGGAGAGAGAGGAGACACAGAGGAAAGACUUGACGCUUCGUGUGCCACAUGGAUCUUCUUUGCUUCCUAUUGAUUCGCCUUAAGAAGUUACCCGCAGUUUUUUUUUUUCCAAUCCCUGUGCGUCCCUGGGACUGGACGAAGUUGUGUCACCGCUCAUUGCUUCAGAUGAACUGACAGCCUUAUAAAUAAUAAGAGCUUGACCUUGUGGACGCAGUGCACAAUGAAAGAGAAGAAUCAAGAAAGCCUUCACCUCCUUCCUUUCACAACCCUGCUUUGAGCCACUAGCUCUUCUGUUCUUCCCAUCGGUUGAUAUUUGUUAACCUCAGCUGAACUCACUUUGGUGAGGUGCCCAAUCUGCUCCAAUGGAGCAGCAUAACAACACCAACAAGACAGACAAGGCAGCCCCGUACACCCUCGAGGUGUCCCUUGCACUCACCGUGUUGGUGGGGAUCAUGAUCUUAUUGAUAGUGUUUGGUAACGUGCUGGUGGUCAUAGCUGUGUUUACAAGCCGGGCCCUGAGGGCUCCGCAGAACUUAUUCUUGGUGUCUCUGGCGUCAGCAGACAUUUUGGUGGCUACCCUCGUGAUGCCUUUCUCCUUAGCCAAUGAGCUCAUGGGAUACUGGUACUUUGGUGAGGUGUGGUGUGAAAUAUAUUUGGCACUUGACGUUCUUUUCUGCACUGCCUCCAUUGCCCACCUCUGUGCCAUCAGCUUAGAUCGCUACUGGUCCAUCACGCAGGCCAUCGAGUACAACCUAAAGAGGACGCCACGCCGCAUUAAAUGCAUCAUCUUCAUCGUGUGGGUCAUUGCAGCAGUUAUCUCUUUCCCACCUCUAAUCACCAUGGAGAAAGAAAACAAGGAAAAGAACUGUGAGAUCAAUGAUGAUAAGUGGUACGUCAUCUCCUCCUGCAUCGGCUCUUUCUUCCUCCCCUGCCUCAUCAUGGUCCUGGUCUACGUGCGGAUCUACCAGAUUGCCAAAAAGAGGACUCGGGCUCCUCCAGGAGACAGGAAGCAAAUGGACAUGACAAAGACGUCCAACAUCGCUGCUACCAACCCAAAGCAGAAUGGCGUGGGAGCAGAGGACCGCCUCUGCCACGAGAAACUGAAUGGCGAGGGGGACAUCGAGCUGAGGAAGGGAGUGGAAGGAGAAGGAGGAGCAGAUGAGGAGAAAGCAGAGGUCAACGGGAUGGACAUUGAGGAGUCGUCGUCAUCUGACCACAAAGUGAACAAUCCCUGCUCAAUCAAAAAGAAAGCAGCCAAGGGGAAAACCAAACUGAGCCAAAUCAAACCGGGGGACAAUGAUGUCCAAAAGCAGGUGCCGAGCACCAAAGGCAGCCGCUGGAAGGGCCGCCAGAACCGGGAGAAACGAUUCACCUUUGUCCUGGCUGUGGUCAUUGGAGUGUUUGUCAUUUGCUGGUUUCCCUUUUUCUUUACAUACAUGCUGAAGGUGUUGUGUGGUUCCUGCCAAGUGCCUGAGACCUUGUUUAAGUUCUUCUUUUGGUUUGGUUACUGCAACAGUGCGCUGAACCCCAUCAUUUACACCAUCUUCAACAAUGACUUUAGGAGGUCGUUCAAAAAGAUACUGUGCAAGAGGGAUGCUAGACGAUAUGUAUGAUGGACCCCAUCUUUAUACUGUAGUUUUUUUUUACUAUGUUGUAUAUAAAUUGCAAAGUACAUAGACCAUUGUGCAUGGAUCACAAGCUUGUGAACGCUCUAGAUGUUAACUGCUUGAAAAGGCUUUCCCAGGAUGAGCUUUACGUGCAUCAUCUUCUUUUCAAAACAUCGACCACCCACAGCUUUGACACCGACCACAGUCACACAGAGAGAUCUAAACACAACAGAACACCACAGUGAAACACCAUGUUUUUAUCGUAAGUGUUUUUAUUUUUAUAAAAAAAAAAUACAAACAUAGUGAAGUCCAUGAUAUGUGUUGUACAUUACGACAGUAUGUUGUAAAAAAAAAAAAAAAAAAACACUUGUCUGAAUAUUUGUCUCUAUUAUGAUCUUGGUGGUGAUGAUGACAAAGUGUGGGAAAACCAGCUCUUAAGAAUAAAACUCAUUACCUGAACUGA